AGGCACCUCCGAGCAUCCCGGCGGGAAGGCCCCGCCCGGCAGGGGGACCCGGGGAGCGGCGGGGGUCCCUCUGGCCGCGCCCCCGGGCGGGGCCGGGCCGGGAGCGGGGUUCACGUCCUGCCCCGCGAGCGGCAGAGCGGCCGCGCAAUGGCGGAGCGAUCCGACUGGGUGGAGAUCAUCGAGCCCCGCUCCCAGGAGCGGAUGUAUGUCAACCUGACCACUGGGGAGUGCGGCUGGGAGCCCCCUCCCAACCUGAAGGUGCGCCAGUCGGACCAGAAGCAGUGGUGGGAGCUCUUCGACCAGAACAACAACCGCUUCUACUACUACAAUGCAAUCACGCAGCAGACAGUGUGGCACCGGCCCCAGGGCUGUGACAUCGUGCCCUUGGCUCAGCUCCAAGCCAUGAAGCGCAACUCCCAACCCAACUGCCGGGGCCGGCAGCACCGGGGCAGCACCGGCAGUGACGGGAGAAGCACUCCCAUCCAAAUGGCCCUCGUGCAGGAGAUGGAGAAGGGCAAGGGGGACUGCGCUGCUGAGAAGAGGAAGGAGCCUGGCAGGGAGACUCCUACCCACUGGCAGCCUCUGCCAGGCACGAAAGCAGCCAUGUUGGUCAAAGUGAACAGUCUGAGGCAGAUACAGAGCUCGUCAAACAGUUCGCUUCAGCUGCAGAGCGCUCCAGAGGCCAGCAGCCAGAAAUCUCUGCCAAAGCCAGCCAUAUAUGCUCAGCCUCAAUCCACAUCCAAGAGCCCUGGAGACACAAAGCAAAUGCCAACAGGAGAAACAAAGCAAGCUAUGCAGGUCAAGAAGACGGAGAAUGGUGGGUUUUGCCUAGUGCUGAUGAAUGGUCCAACCUCUCAAACACCUCCAAGGAGCCAGACAGGAACCCCCCAGCCUGCAUCCCCCAAGUAUGCCUCCCCCGCACCUAUAUACGAUGAGCCGUCUCUGGAGUCUCCAAUUUAUGAUGAGCCACCAGUAGAUAUGGACACAGAAAGCAUCAGUAUGAGUGGGAUGUCCCCACCAAGGUCACCAAGCAAUAGCUUAAAGAAGCACCUGCAGCCAACCAAAUUAUUACAGCAUCCAAGUGUGCAACAGCAGCAAGCUGCAAAGAAGCAUGCAAGGAAUCCUUCUUCCACUGAAUACAGCCCAGCUGGCAGAGAAUAUAUAAAACACAUGGUCAACGUUGACCAGUCUUCCAAACUCUCCCACUCUUCUGCUGCAACAGCUGAUGCCUCUGCUAAACUGCCCGGCCAGCUUACUUCAAAGGACAGCUUCAAGCAGUCUUGGAGAAUCUUGGAAGCCAAUGUCCUCAAGAACAUGGAAGCCCAUCACAGUCGGCAGAACAGCCUUCAAACUCAAGAGUACCCAACUGGUAUAAGCCAUCAGGAUUCUGGUUAUUCGACUGGCCCUUCUCCAAGCCUCAGAAAAAGGAAAGGAAGGAGGCAAGGGACAGGUCAAGGAAGACCUGGCUCUGUAGGCAGCAGCAGCGAGCUCACAGCUUUGAAUGAUAAGCUGAUUGCUGAGAUGCGUGCUGUGGUGGGCAGGUCAGCAGCUUGCAGGGGGAGCAAAGCCAGCCUCGACACUGAAAGUCUGGAGAGUGGUGUCCCGGCAGAGAGCAGCAAGGUCAGAUUUCAGUCUGACCACUUGAAAAAGUGCAUCAGCCGGAGCUCAAGGGACGAUGUCUCAGCUAGCAAUAGGUCUUUGUAUAGACAGGGCCUGGAGAGCAGAGGCAGCUUUCCUGAAGAUGUGGCUGCUCCACAGGACACAGUGAGGCAGAAGAGGACUUUUGAGAAAAUAGAUUCUUUAGAAAAGAAUGUAACUAGCCAGACAAGUUUGGCUUCGUCAGAUCCCAUGCAUCACUCCUCCCAGCCCGGGACUAUAGAGUUGGACCCCAAGCAGGAGAGCAGUGGUCAGCCUGGCAGUUGCAUGGGAUAUAAUUUUCCUUACAGUACUCUACGGAAGCCCAUCUCUCAGAGCAGCAUGGCAGACUGGGCUUCCAAAAACCUAAACAUGCAUACGCAGGGCAUCUUCCGCCGAAGGAUCUCCAUCUCCAACAUGCUUUCCUGGAAUGGCGGCUCCAUCAAAAAGCCAAUGCUCAUCACUAGUAACCGCACCAUCAAAAAAGAGGCAUGUGAGAUGUUCAAACUGGUGCAGAGCUACAUGGGAGAUCGUCAGACUCGCAUGGACCGGAAUCACGUGGCGUUGGUCACAGUCACCAAGUGCUGGAGCGUGCAAGGGUUACGGGAUGAGCUCUACAUUCAGCUGAUCCGUCAGACAACAGAUAAUACGUGUUACCGAAGUCUGGCGUGGGGCUGGGAACUGAUGGCCAUCAGUCUGGCCUUUUUCUCCCCAUCACCCAAAUUUCAGUCUUAUCUGGAAGGUUACAUUUAUCGUCACCUUGACAGUGAUGAAAACAUUGCCCAGCGCAUCAAGGAGCUUGUGGAUCUGAAAAACAAGAAGAACUCAAAAUCCAGGAAAAAAAGGAAGCAGAACACUGAGGAUGAAGGUCUGCCCAUCAGCACCUACGCCAAAUACUGCUACCGGAAACUCCAGAAAGUAGCUGUCACUGGAGGCAAAAAGGGCCUCCGUAAACCGACAGUGGAGGAGAUAGUGCAUGCCAGGAAUGCCAUCGUGACACCGUCACUCUUCGGCAGCUCUCUGGAGGAGAUCAUGCUGCGGCAGCAGGACUUGUACCCAGAGAACAAGCUGCCCUGGGUGCAGACGCAGCUAUCGCAGCAGGUCCUGGCUCUGGGAGGAGAGCAGACAGAAGGGAUUUUCAGGAUACCUGGGGACAUAGAUGAAGUCAAUGCGUUGAAGUUACAGGUGGAUCAGUGGAGAAUCCCAAGCGGCCUCAGUGAUCCCAACAUCCCAGCCUCUCUUCUAAAGCUGUGGUACCGGGAGCUGGAGGAGCCCGUGAUCCCCCAACAGUUCUACAAAGAGUGCAUCAGCAACUAUGAGAACCCCGACGCUGCCGUGGCUGUGGUGCAGCUUUUGCCAGAGCUCAACAAGCUGGUGCUGUGUUACCUCAUCCACUUCCUGCAGAUCUUUGCUCAGCCAUCGAAUGUGGGCAGAACAAAGAUGGAUGUGAAUAACCUGGCCAUGGUGAUGGCCCCCAACUGCCUGCGCUGCCAGUCUGAUGACCCUCGCGUUAUCUUUGAGAACACACGCAAAGAGAUGUCCUUCCUUCGUAUGCUGAUCGUGCAUCUGGACACGAGCUUCAUCAAAGGACUGGUCUGAGACACUGGCCCUGGGGUCCGAGACAGCUCUGGGGAGUCGCUGGCUGUCUAAAGUCUUCUCCCCUCCAUUUAGGUUUCCUACAUUGUCCUUGUCACACCCUGAGCAUCUCCCAGCAUCUGACCUUGAGGACGAGGACUUAGAUACUCCUGGAAGGCUGAGGCUAUUCAGCACCAGGAAGUCCUUGGACGUGCCAAGCCAGGUUCUGUGAUUCCUGGCCUUCCAGCGUGUGUCAGAGGGGCAGCCCUCCUCCUUGGAGCCACAGGACUGGUUGGUUGUUGAAAGGGCUGUAACAUCCAUCAGAAGCUGCUACCUGGGGCAGUGAGACUCCCCCCCCCCCCUUCUGGAGGCAGGAGUUGGCUUCAGGUAGGAGAACGUCACUCCUGUGUUGUGGCAUGAGCUGAUCCUGGGGGAGAUGCUGCCUCGUUGGGGAUAAUUCCACUGCUAUGGAGUGAGCCUAGUUCACCUCUGCAGGCUGAAGGUGUGAGGGUUGUUCUGCCACCCUGCGAUGCUGUUGGUAGGGAUGUGAUCCCUGAGGCAGAGGGGUUCCUUGGACUGCUGUGAUCGGUGGCAGCCCAUUGCAGCCCAGGAGAGGAGGAGUUUGAGCCUCUGCUGCUGGGGCUGGACAGGCAGCCGUCCCACAGCUGGCAGUCCUGGCAGCUGGAUCCACGCAGCAUCCAUCUCACCUUCUCCUUCAGGCAGCCUCAGAGCUUCAGCAGCAUCCACCCACACCGUGGGCUGGGGACAAGAGGAGGCCACAACGAACAGAUAAACGACCCGAACAGAUAAACGACCCCUCUGUCGUCCUCCUCACGAGGGCUGUAUCCUCUGGAGUGGUUCCCCCAGUAGCCUUGCAGCUCCUUUCUGCUAGGGCAGCGUGAGCUGACACCAGCUUUUCUGAAGAGCUUCUGCAGCCGUGCUCAGAGCAGGCUCCCCGCUUCCUUACUGAUUCCAGGUCCUUCCCAGACUGCUCGGCCUGGGACUGAAUACCAGUUUUGCCCACCCUCCCGGUUCAAAGAAAGGAGGGAUGGCCCACAAAAGUGGGAAGUGCUCCUAUGUUGGUUACACCUUUCCAGGCAGAGCAGGAGCAUUGCUGUGUGCUCCUGAAAUGCUGAUACUGCCUGGAGUCAACCGUGGCACCUAUGCUCUUUCCCACCAAAUUCCCAUGGGAAUUGCAGAGGGGUUGGGAAGGGGAGGGGAAGGAAGAUAAGAGAAGGGCAGAGGCGGGUGUGAGUGGCUGAGGUAGGGGAGGUGUCAGGCAGGCAGCUCAGCGUUCUCUCUGGGAUCUCCUGGUUUAUUUGGAUGAACCCCACAGCAGGAGUUCGGUUUGUGCCCAGCUGAAGGGGAUCGUGGUUCCUCUCCUUAUACCAGGUGCUUCUGUGGGCCAGGAAAUCAGGAUUAGCCCUGUCAAACGCCCCGAAAGUUAAACCCCUGCAGCUUUCUGUUUGCACGAGGCAUGGAGUGGACAGAGUCUUUCAGAGGCAGUGCCUGUAUUUUCCCACAGACUCCAGCUACUGUUGCAUGUUUCCUACCAAGCAGCAGUUGCUAAUUCUGUGCCAUCCCGGUCUUACUCUUCCUUUGAGAUGUUGUCCUUGCUGGAGGCAGGCAGGCCUGCUGCAAAAUGCUGCAUAUUGGGGUUACUCAUGCAAUGCCAAGUCUGCUGGUAGCAUCCAAGGUCGCCUUUGCAUUUCUGCAUCCCUGUCCCUUUCAGGUGGGGACCUGGAAUCAUCCUCUGCUGAUGGCAGCGGGUAGCUGAGCCCUGCCAGCAGUGAGGUUUAAUGCUGAUAUCUGAGUCUGUACCAAAAGCUCGGGCAUAAAGUGCCACCUGCAGAGUGCCCCGAGCCUGCUGGCUGCUGGGGUCUCCCAGUGUGCAUGAACGGCGUUUCAAGGGCACUCGUUUACUCGGAUGAACCCCACAGCAGCAGUUCAGUUUGUGCCCAGCUGAAGAAGAGUCGUGGUUCCUCUCCUUGUACCAGGUGCUUCUGUGGGGGCCAGGAAAUCAGGAUUAGCCCUGUGAAACAUGCCCCCAAAAGUGUGCCAGGGUCUGUUUCCCACACCCAUCCAAGUUCUUCGAAGCCAUUCAGCUUGGUUUGGCCUGAAGCGCUGAACAACUUGGACUGCAGAUGUGAGGCUGCUUUCCCAGAGUCGUAGGCAGGGGGAUUCAAAUUGCUGAGCAGGUGUGGGAGCCACAUCCUGCUCCUGGGUGGCGAGCACCACGCGGUGCCUGCUCCCUUCUUUGGGCAGCAAAUGCUUGUGCCGCGCUUCGGCUGCAGCCAGCCGCCGCAUAGGUGAUCCGUGCUAUUCCUCGCACUUAGCUGUAGCGGGCAAUCAAACCAUAGGCAUUUGCUGCUAUUACAGAGGAAUGCUUCUUGCCAGGGCUGAAAAUAGGCUGAUAAAUGACACUGGAUAUUAUUUUCUCUGCAAACAGAUUUGUAAAUACGAAUCAGUAAGGCAGCCUCUCCUCCGUUAUAAUAAUAAAUACAAAC